UCAUGGCAAGAAAGAGCAGUGAGGUUAUAUUACAACAUCAAAACAGCCAAAAGGGACAUAGGAGAGAAGGGAGGAAGUCAGUGAGACUUUACAGGCAAAGUGAGACAAGAGUGUGGCAUUUUGAUUCAGUUAGUGAUCGGAUCGGUGAUUAUGGGAAUGCUGAGGACAUCAGUGGCCUUUCUUCUUCACCUGGCUGCAUGUCUGGCCGCCCCUGUGCCGUGUGAGGAGCAGGUGGUCCGUUUGGAAGCGGAGAUUCAGGGCCUGAUGAACGUGAUCAAUGACCAGCACCGCUACAUCCAGGAGCUCCACAACAGCCAGACCCAGCAGCUGGAGCACAUACCUAACUCACACCUGGGCCCUGAAAACCUGUACAGAGACUGUUCCGAGGUGUUUGCAGAUGGUAACGUGGCCAGUGGACUCUAUGUGAUUCGUCCAGACAGCUCUCCCACCGCACUGAGUGUUUACUGUGACAUGAAUGAUGGAGGAGGAUGGACGGUCUUCCAGAGGAGGAGAGACGGCAAAGAGAGCUUUGACAGAGCGUGGGUGGAGUACAAACAUGGAUUUGGGGACCUCUACUCACCUGAUGGAGAAUUCUGGCUGGGCAAUGAACCUCUACAUUAUCUCACCUCCCAAGGAAACUACGACUUGCGCAUUGACAUGGAGGACUUUGAGGGUAAUCAGCGUUACGCAGAGUACAAGAACUUCAAAGUAGGCAAUGAAAAGGACCGGUACCAGUUACAUUUGGGAGAGUAUCUUGGGAAUGCAGGGGACGCCCUGGCAGAUGUUCAAAGUCUCUCUUCUGCUAGGCAAAAAUGGACUGGUCCAGGCUUUGGGUCAAGCGGGGUCAAAUUCAGCACCUUUGAUCAGCCGAACAACGCCGAUACAGAAAACGGUGACACCCGAUGUAUCAGACACAGCAAGUCAGGCUGGUGGUUCAGCAGGUGUGAUUCAGGGAAUCUGAAUGGUCAUUACUACAAAGGGCCGUACCAAGCGAUGACCAAUGACGGGGUGGUGUGGUACACAUGGCACGGUUGGUGGUACUCCAUCAAAUCCGUGGUCAUGAUGGUACGAGCCACUGACCUGGAGCAUCCACCGCUGGCCAACACCCCAUUACUGGGCCAACUCGACAGCAAAGCGGCAGGUAGCGUUGUUGAGCUUCCUCAUGGCCAAUAGGCUACAAGGAAGUGUGGAAGCAAUGUAUGUCUCCUCACUGGGGCUGAAAAGCUUUCCUGUUUUACAUAAUUCACAUCUAUUACAGUGUAUGUUUACCAUUGCUUUUAUUUUAAUAUUUGAAAUAAAACAAUGUUGCUUUAA